AUGUCGCAGACCGCAACGAUUGCUCCUACUACUACGGCGCCUGUCGCUCCUGCGUGGCCGGGCGUCGACCUCAAAGUGAACGACGGACCGCUGCCCGCGUCGGAAGUGUUGCCCCUGCAACCGUCGUACCCCAGCGAGCCUCUGUCGGUGCUGCGCGAGCGCUACGAGCGCGACGGCGUGCUGUUCCUGAAGGGGCUGCUGCCGCGGGACGACGUGCUGCGCUGCCGCGAGGCCUACUUCAACUACCUCUCGCCGACGGGAGUGCUGGCACCGGGCAGCGCGGCCGUCGACGGCAUCUUCGACGCGACCAAGGACCGCAACAUGUACCCAGGCGUCGGCGCCGCAACCAACCCGGGCAAGAAGACGGACGACACUGCCGCGACCUUCGUCGACCUGGCCAUCAAGGCGCACACGGAGCCGUGGUACGCGGAGGACCUGUGCAAGCACCCCGUGCUGCUGGACUUCAUCAAGAAAUUCAGCGGAUGGGGCGAGGAUACGCUCGCGCUGCGGAGGACGCUGCUGCGGAACAAUACCCCUGGCAACAAGGCCAUCGGCGUGCACUACGACCAGAUCUUCCUGCGGUACGGCGAGCCGACGGCCAUCACGGGUUGGGUGCCUAUCGGUGACGUGAGCCUGGAGGGUGGAGGUCUGAUUUACAUGGAAGAUGGAGACAAAAUCGGCCAGCAGAUCGAGAACGAGUUCACCGAACGGGCGAAGAAGGCAGGUUUGACCGAUGACGAAGCGAAGAACGGGUUCAACCGGAAUAUGAUGACGACGGGUUGGCUGGGCGAUGGACCACUUGAGUUCGGACGCGAGUAUGGGAAGCGGUGGUACGUCUCGGCCUACGAGGCUGGAGACGUGACUCUGCACAAGCCGCACAUGAUUCAUGCGUCGACCAUCAACGAAGAUCCGCUGAACAGAAUUCGACUGGCAACCGAUCUUCGGUGGGUGAACUCGGCUCGGGAACACGACAAGAGGUGGAUGGAGCACUACCGGCCUGAUGAUGGACUCUGA